CGCUCCACCACCUCAGCAUGUAUAAGUACACAGACUGACUGUGAAUGUGGUGCAGCUGGAAAACACAGUGGAUAAACUGUGAGUGACUGUUUUCAUGUGGUUUUGACAGCAUGUUUUUAUUUUUUGUUGGUCAGGAGCUGGCUGAAUUUAGGAUGAUCUAUUCACAUCUUGCUCAGACUGCUGGCAGCUGAUAUGCUAAAGGAGUGAAAGAACCAUACAAGGGAGGGAUUCACACUCUGGAACUACUUCUCCACAUCGUGUACAAGUUAAUUGCAUCCUUUGCAAGAGGACUUCCGUAAGGGAGCCACCAUCCAGAAGACAAUAUGGCUGACACGGUUAACACAUUGCCAUUCUUCUAUGGCAACAUCACCAGGGAGGAGGCGGAGGACUAUCUGCAGCAUGUGGGCAUGGGUAACGGCAUAUACCUGCUAAGACAGAGCCGAAACUAUCUCGGAGGCUUUGCACUGUCUGUGUUGCAUUCAGGCCGCUGCUACCACUACACCAUUGAAAGAGAACCCAAUGAAACGUUUGCUAUUGCUGGUGGGAAGAGCCACAGGACCCCCGUGGAUGUGAUUGACUACCACUCGCAGGAGAAGGAUGGCCUUGUGUGUCUGCUGAAGAAGCCCUGCAACAGGCCCAAGAACAUGCAGCCAAAAGUUGGGCCGUUUGAGGACCUGAAGGAAAAACUAAUCCGGGAAUAUGUAAAGCAGACAUGGAAUUUGCAGGGAGCAGCUCUGGAGCAGGCCAUCAUCAGCCAGAGGCCUCAGCUGGAAAAGCUCAUUUCCACCACUGCACACGAAAAAAUGCCCUGGUUCCAUGGAUCAAUAACACGAGAAGACUCUGAGCCCAGGCUUCAAAAUGGCCCCCGUACAAAUGGAAAAUUCCUGAUCCGACAGAGAGAUUCGAACGGGUCCUAUGCUCUGUGUUUACUCCACGAAGGACAAGUCAUGCAUUAUCGCAUUGACAGGGACAGGACUGCCAAGCUCUCCAUCCCAGACGGCAAGAAGUUUGACACCCUGUGGCAGCUGGUGGAGCACUACUCAUACAAACCAGACGGUCUGCUGCGAGUUCUAACAGAGCCCUGUCCAAGACCCGACGGAGACAUUGGGAGGAUAGGACGGCCUCUACUCCCACGGGACCAUCCUGGGUUAUCUUCUGCCUUGCAAAGUGCGGCAGGUGGAAUUCUCUCCAAACUCAGAACUGUUCCUAUACCCGGCAUAACAAAGAACCGGGGAUCUCGCCAUAACACCACAGAUCUCAAUCCUUAUGAAACCAGGGUGCCCAAUAAUCAAGCAGGCGGCAAAGAGGCCAUGCCAAUGGACACAGCGGUAUAUGAGAGUCCAUACGCAGACCCAGAUGAACUGAGGACCUCUACAGUGAAUCGCGACCAGCUGAUCUUGGAGGAUGGAGAACUGGGCUCUGGGAACUUUGGUACAGUCAUGAGGGGCAUCUACAAGAUGAAAAAGACACAGAAGCAAGUUGCAGUCAAAAUCCUGAAGAAUGAUGAUAACAACCAGUCGGUACAUGAGGAAAUGCUGCGAGAAGCCAAUGUUAUGCAGCAGCUGGACAACCCUUACAUCGUCCGGAUGAUCGGUAUCUGUGAUGCAGAGAGCCUCAUGCUGGUCAUGGAGCUGGCCGAGCUGGGACCACUCAACAAGUUCCUGCAGAAAAACAAGCAAACCAACAUAAAGAACAUCACUGAGCUGGUCCACCAGGUGUCCAUGGGGAUGAAGUACCUGGAGGAGCAUAACUUCGUCCACAGGGACCUCGCUGCCAGGAACGUGCUGCUGGUCACGCAGCACUACGCCAAGAUCAGCGACUUCGGCCUCUCCAAAGCUGUGGCUGAGGAGCAGAACUACUACAAGGCCAAGGGUCAUGGGAAGUGGCCAGUGAAAUGGUACGCUCCUGAGUGUAUAAACUACUUCAAGUUUUCAUCCAAAAGCGAUGUGUGGAGCUUCGGGGUGCUCAUGUGGGAAGCCUUCUCAUAUGGACAGAAGCCAUACAAGGGAUUGAAGGGAAAUGAUGUCAUGCAGAUGAUUGAAGGUGGGAAACGUAUGGAUGCACCAGUGAACUGUCCACCAGAGAUGUAUGACCUCAUGAGGACGUGCUGGACGUACAAGCUGGAUGAAAGGCCUGGAUUCAAAGUUGUUGAGCCGAGACUACGAGAGUAUUAUUACGACAUUGCACAGUGAUUCUUCCCAUGGCUGUUAUGAGGUUGUUGAAAUAACCAUUGGUUGAUGAGGAACAACUGCAUUUAAUCAUGUAUGAAUGACUGGAAAUGGUUAUGAAUUAUAAAUGCUGUUGUAAAAUAUUUACUUCAACUGGAGGAUGACUUUUAAACAUUGACCAAAAUUAUGCAAAUGCCAUAUAUUUUAUUACUUUUUACUUUUCUUGUUCCAUCCUGAAUGUAAACAAUAUGGAAGUUGUAAUAAACAUACAAGUCUAGCUUAUUUUAUGAACAAACAUUCAUGUCACAGCUUACAAACUACACAGCUGAUUGAGUUGGUAGAUGUGUUUUCCACCAUUGAAACGUCAUUAUAGAUCAACCUACAAUCCUGGAAUCCCUGAAUGAUGGUGAUAAGAAAAGAGGAUGUUUCUGUACUCACAAAUGAAUAAAUUCCAUCACUGUGACUGAUCAUUUAUGCUCAACCUGCCAGUUACAAUAUAUGGAUAAAGGUGUGGACAAAAUCCAUUGAUAUUUAAAACAUAUAGAGUUACUCCAAAAAAGGACAGAGGCAUUGUAACACUUUAAAGCUUUUGGUUUUACUUCACAACCUUUGUCAGUAGC